AUGGAGCUGGCCAAUGGCACCAUGGUGCAGGAAUUCAUUCUGCUGGGCUUCCAAGUUGGACCACAGGGACGCCUGCUCCUUCUCAUCUUCUUCACAGCAGUCUACACCCUCACGUUGGCUGAGAACUUCAUCAUCAUCAUGAUAGUGGUUCAUGAUGCUCGCCUGGCUCGCCUGCCCAUGUACAUCUUGCUGAGCAACUUCUCCUGGCUGGAGAUGUGUUAUGUGACGUCCACUGCACCACGGAUGCUCUUUGACUUGUCCUUCCCAGGUGGGGUCAUCUCCUUCCAUGCUUGCUUCCUCCAGUUUUACAUCUAUUUCUCCCUUGGUACUUCUGAAUGCCUGUUCCUCUCAGCCAUGGCCUUGGACCGUUUUUUGGCCAUCUGCCACCCACUGCGCUACCCACAAAUUAUGACCCCAGAUUUCUGCUAUGUCCUGGUGGCUGCAUGUUGGAUUUUCGGUUUCCUGUGCUACAUUGUACCAGUGUUUUUGAUCUCCAGGUUGUCCUUCUGUGGCUCCAAUAUACUUGAUCACUUUGUGUGUGACUCUGACCAACUCUUAGCAGUGGCCUGUCCUCCCCUGGGGUACCUCCCCCUCUUCUGCUUCAUUGUCACCUCUUGUGUGAUUAUGGUCACCUUCCUUUUCAUUGUGGUCUCCUAUGCAUGUGUAGUAUUCACCCUGGCAAAAAGAUCCAAGGAGAGCACUGGCAUCAAGGGUUUUUCUACAGUGUCUUCCCACCUAGCAGUGGUGGCAUUCUUUUAUGGAUCUGUGGCGGCUCUGUAUCUAGGGCACAGUGGAGAGAGUCACAGCGACAACACGAAAGUGAUGACUCUAUUUUAUGCUUCUCUGGUCCCUAUGCUCAACCCCCUCAUCUACUGUCUCAGGAAUAAUCAAGUGAAAGAAGCAUUGUUCCAGUUGUUGAGAACAAAGAGGGUGAUGUAG